UUUAUGUGUGCGGUUGUACCAUCCGAGAUUAUACCAUGAUGGAACUAUCGAUGGGCAAUAACAAUAAUAACAACAACAGUGAUGUGAUGUCGCGGUCGCGUCCGUCCCCGUCGCCACCGCCGCCGACGACGAUGACUACUACCGCCUCCAGUGAAAACCACAUCAAAUCGGUGCCGAAGCCCUUCUCCAUCGAGGCCAUCAUGAGUGACACGCUUCCUCGGAGCAGACCGCCGAAUCCAUGGAAUACUUCUCCGCCGCAGCUUGUCCAUCCCUACGUCAGCCACAGGGACACCGAUUCAGAUGGGAGCCUGGACAUGGAACUUGCCGAAGAUUUAUCUAGAAGAAGUCAAAGAGAUGGAUCAGAUUUAGAUGAUGAUUUGGAGGAAAACCACUCUUCUGAGGGCGUCUGCGAGGGUUCCGGUUCGGCAAAGGCUAGACGCAGACGGACGGCCUUCACCAGCGAGCAACUCCUGGAGUUGGAGCGUGAAUUCCAUGCGAAGAAGUAUCUCUCGUUGACAGAACGCAGCCAAAUAGCAUCAGCGUUGAGGCUGAGCGAGGUCCAAGUGAAGAUCUGGUUCCAGAACCGCAGGGCCAAGUGGAAGAGAGUGAAGGCGGGUUUGGGUGCCGGUCCACAUCAGCAGAAGGGAAGCCAAGGACCGAACAAGAGCAAACUCGUCGUCCCCAUACCGGUGCACGUGAAUCGGUUCGCAGUGAGGAGUCAGCAUCAGCAGCUGGAGAGGGCGCUCGGCGAUCUGGCCGGAAGGGUCCUGGCCAGUCACGCCGCCCUCAGGGCGGGCCUGGAUCUCCAUGGAUACCCACCAACCGGUCCUCACUGAAAGACCGUUUCGCAACUAUUAUUUUUUUCACUCUCUGUACAUAUUUAGAGUUCAAUCGAGCGCCGCCAGACGAACACAAAAACAAAGCAACUCAUCGAAAAUUUGAAUAUUGGCGCGCAUCAAUUUCAAUUAAUUUCCGUUUGUCAAUUAGGCGGAAAGCGUUUCCGAUCUUUCGCGUUUCCCUGAUCAAUAUUCAAUUUUUGAAGCGCGCUCGGUUGAUUGAAUUAAGUUUAUAUACAUACAUUUUUAUCGGUUCU